UAACAGGGGAGGUUGUGUAGAGCAGUGACAGUGAGUUCGUUCUUUGCUCAUCAUGGAUUCAUCUGCUGCAGCUCUUAUAUUCUGCUCCUUGAUAUGUUUAGGGACGACUCAGGCUCCAGUUGUCUCUGUAGAGCCUCGAACCGCCACUGUCCUUCAAGGAGAGUCUGUCAGCUACAGUUGCCAGGUAAAAAGCACCGUCCAACCAGUUCAGCUGGAGUGGAGAAAAGGCAAUAAUCAAGCUUUGCCAGACAAUGUAAAGGUUGGUCGUGAUGGAUCUGUGCUGACGAUUGCAAAUGUUCGUCCUGGAAACCAUGGCCAGUAUCGCUGUGUGGCCAUUAGUGCCGCUGGUCGCAGCUUUGCCAACGCUGUGCUUAAUGUCAAAUUUCCUCCUAAGGUAAAGCUGACACCUGCGGGCCCCCUGCAGAUCACGACAGGGGACCCUGUGACCGUGGAGUGUAGUGCUACUGGCAGGCCACGCCCCACCCUUACCUGGAAACGCAGAGGAUCCACACUUCAAUUAGUAUCUCAGGAGAUAAAUGACGUCAAGAUAAUAAAGUGGCCUUCCACACGCCCAGAAGACUCGGGAGUGUACGUCUGCCAGGCUGUCAACGUUUUAGGGGAAUCUGAGGCUGCAGUGGAGAUCACUGUGGUGGGUCCCCCUGGAGCUCCAGUGGCCUCAGUGAAUCCUGGAGAGAUGACAGUUAUUGAGGGACAAACUGUAACAAUGGAGUGUAAGGCUACAGGAUCCCCUCCUCCAGUCAUAACCUGGUCCAAGCUACGAGCACCCCUGCCCUGGAAGCACACUGUUGCUGAUGGAGUUCUGACUCUAAAUGGGGUGGGGCGCCAAGACUCAGGACAAUACAUCUGCAAUGCAACCAACAUAAACGGCUAUAGUGAGGCCUACACUGACAUGGAGGUGGAAACUCCUCCAUACGCCACCUGCCUCCCUGACCAGGUACGCCUUCAGCCUGGAAACUCUCUCAUAAUCCAGUGCCUCGCCCACGGCUCUCAUCCAAUCCAGUUCACCUGGAGCCGUGUGGGAAGAGGUAAUUUACCUGCUGGAGCAGAAACCACCAAGGAUGGGAAACUGAUAAUAGCCAGCGUUAAACUAAGUGACAGUGGAACGUACAAAUGUGUGGCUACCAACCACAUCGGCUCCAGUGAGGCCUCUGCAAAAAUUAUCAUAAAAGCCUAAAUAAGGAUGGAAAUCCAAGUUUCUCACUGGAAUACAAAUGUAUGCAGUAAAAAUGAUAUUUAAUAUAUAAAUGUAUUGCAGAGAAUGAAUGCCAAGAUUUCUAAUUAGAAUACUUGUUCAAGAAUUACAAUACCGCUUUGAUUGUUUGCUCUUAUUGGGAAUUAAA